AUGGGCAUUUUCAAGUUCACAGUGACUGUAUCUUUUUAUGGUAUACUGAUUAUUGGUUUCUUCCUGAAUUUAUUGAUUUUUCCAUUUUAUACGUAUGUUUACAAGAGGAAGAAGGAAAAUGAUGGAACGACACUUCUCUUUCCCAUUACAAAUCACUUUUAUAAAAUGGCCAGAACUGCAUAUAUUUUGCCAAUGUGUUCUGUUGUAAGUAUCAGUUUUGCUAAAUUAUACGAAUCAAAUGUUCCAACCAUCGCAAAAAUCUCAACUGGCGUAUUUCUCAUAACUACUUACACUUUGUUUGUUAUUAUUCAAGUCUAUCACUUAUACUUCCUGAUUGCAGUUAGAAGGUUUUUGCUUUAUUUCUUCCCCAAAACCGAGGAAAAUGUUUCGCCGACUCAGAACUUUUUGCAAAGAAAAGUGAAAUACAUUUAUUCAAUAUUUAUUGUCAAGGAUUUAAUAUUUUUACUGUGUCUUGAAAUUGGAAAAGCUACUGAAAGCAAAAGAAGAAUAGUCUUGGCUCAAAAUUGUUAUGCUGCCAUAUUCUUCUUUGUAAACCUUCUGAUCCUCAUAUCUGCUAUCCUCUACAUUCCAAUUGUGAGAAGUGUUGAAAAGCUUGCGAUUGUAUUAUCUGCUAAACAAAGCAAACCUCAAAAAUACAUUUUAUGGCAGACUAUGAUAGUUUUUAUUCUUAAAAUGGUAACUUCCUUCGUGUUUAUAGACAUUUUGAUUGAAGGAGCAGCUGAACCAAUUAAAGUUAUACCAUACAUCUUACUAACAGAUAUUGUGAUAACUCCUCUUAUAAUUCAAAUUUCAUGUUUGGGAUUUAACAAACGAAAUCUUGGAAUAUUGCUAUCAACUCUCAAUAUUCUGCAAUUUUCGAAUUUUGUAUUAAGAAAAACAUCAACUGUACAUCCGAUGACUAUAUCAGAGAAGAGUGAAACAAUGACAAGAAAGAAAUCGGAAACAUUGAAUAACAUAAUGAGAUUCCAGGAAUCGAGACUUUAA